AAUAGCUCCGGCGUCUCAUGCCGUUUGAAAAAUAGACAUCAAUAUAUCUAUCAACUUUUAAAAACAUUCAUAUAAAGUUCUCAUGGUUUCAAAAGAUUGCAUGUAUGUCUCUUCUCUUGCUUCAAUCUACUUUCAAUCUACUGAUUCUCUGGUGUUUUUAAAUGGAUCCGACCAAUAUUGAUAAUGGUAUAGCAGCGAUUUCUCUGGACAACGAGGAUGAAGAUGGUUUGGUCUUUGGCGAUGAAAUUGGGGACUCAUCAAUUCAGCAGCCGGCUUACGAUUUCUGCCUCGUGGGCCGGUUCCUUACAGAGCGUCCGGUCAAUUUUGUGGCGAUGAAGAAUACGAUGGCUUCUCUGUGGCGUCCGGAGGAAGGAAUGGUGGUGAAGGAAGUGGGCGCAGGUUUGUAUAUCUUCCAAUUUGGUGCAUUGGCAGAGAUGGAGCGGGGCUUAGCGUUCCAUCUUUUAUGGAUGAUUUGGUCUGCACGUAAUGCUAAGGUUUGGAAGGGAGUGAGACGCUCUCCCUUGGAGGUCUGGACGCGGACCUACAGAGACUAUGAAGACUGGUGGAGGAUGGCAACCCCUAGGAAUUCCACAACGACUAAUCUUAGAGCUGAACCUGGUGCAACAAAGGGAUGGGAGAGGCCACCGGUGAAUUAUUUAAAGGUGAACGUGGAUGCCUCAUCAGGACUUGUUGAUAGGUAUGUAGGCCUGGGUUUUAUUGUGCGAGAUUAUGAAGGCCGAUUCGUAGCUGCUAUAAGUAUUAAAUGUAGAGGGAGUUUUGGUCCACGUGAAGCAGAAGCCAUCGCAGUUAAGGAAGCACUUAGUUGGAUUAAAAGUAAAGGCUGGAAACAAGUCCUUGUGGAAACAGACUGUAAGGAGGUUGUCGAUUCACUUAAUAGUACUAUCAUGGACUGGUCUUACUUUAACUCUAUCAUUGAAGAUUGUAAGCGUCUCCAAAUGCUCUGUGCAGGAGACCUUAAUUUUUGUUUUACUCCUCGCUCCGGAAACGAGGCAGCGCAUUUGUUAGCGCGUAGUAGUUGCAAUGAUGAUGUUGUAGGGGAGUGGUUUGACACACCCCCAAACUUUAUUCCUUUGAUUUCCUAAUUUAAUUAUUUUGUUUCAAAAAAAAAAAAAGACGCUAAAGCUCAUUUCCCCGCUUUUUGGGUCCAUGUUUUAUUUUUAGUUUUUUUCUUUUUGUAUCGUUUUCAUAAUGUUUUUAAGAUUUCUUUUUAAAAAAUUAUUCAUAUUAUGUUUUAAAAUUCCAAAGUGUCUACUCCAAGAAGUUUAUGAUUUUACGAUAAUACUCCGAAAUUAAAUAAUUAACAUCCCU